UAAAUACCCGCCCUUGGCCCCGCCCCCGGGGGGGCGGGUAAAUACCCCGCCCCUCCCCCACUCGGUCAACUACCCCCUUCUCCGCGCCGCCCCCCUGGGGCGUCUUCUAGGAAGGCCCGGACCCUGCCACCACUCCUUGGGGCGGUUGGGCGAAACUCCCAUCCUGUUGAAAACACAGCCCCGCCGGGUAAACGUGGAGGGAGGGUCGGGGUCUCCAAGUCCUGGCGCUUCUAGCCCAAGAGGCGUCCGAAGCGCGGCCCGGGGGCUGGAGGCUGCAGGAUGUCGCGACCUAAAAUGGUGUCCGAGUCCGAAGGUGGGGGCGGGGGACCUGGGCAGGCCGGAGCAGAGUCUGCACCCCAACAGGGAGCGGGUCAGCGUCCGGGCCCGGGCAGGACUCAGGCUCACGUCCCGGCCGCCGCGCGCCUCCUGCUCACUCCCCAGUCUCGAGGGAGUCUCCGGAGUCCGUGGGAGGAGGAGGCUGCUGUGCGCUGGGAGGCGAGGGGAGGAGGUCGGAGUUGGGACGGAUACCCGAUGGAGAGCUGCGAGUCUCGCAAAGACCGUGCUGUCCUCACUACUCCAUUUCCACGCGCAAAACCCACUCCCGAGUGGUUCUGGGCCCGGAGGUUCUGCGCGGCAGCUCCCUGAGGGCUUGGCCUGGCCUGGCUGAGGCCCGACCUCUUCGCUCGCCGGUGUCAGCGAGAGAAGCGCCGCACGCCUCAGUUUCCCCUCUGGCUUCUCCUGUGUACACCUAGCCUCUUCCCCCAACGACAGACAUGCUCCCGGCACCGGCCCUUGGCAGAUGGCAGGGACUUAACUCCGCCCGGUGCCCAGCUUGGCGGCAGUCUAAUCGCCCCCGGCCGCCAGCCCCUCACCCUCUUCGCAGCAGGCCUCGGGCCAGGGAAGGGGCAGUGGAGCCCCCAGCCAACCCGGACUAGUUCAUCCUCUUCCUGUUUAGCCCCUUCCUUUGGCUUUUGGGGAAGAACAGAGGGAAGGGUGGGGGCAGAGCCUACGAGACAGGGCGCAGCAGCCGCAGAAAGGCCUGGGCAGGGAGGUGGGGGAAGCCUCUUCGGCCUUGAGUUCCUCUGCUUGGUAUACUGUCUGCUCCUGGCUAAGGAUGACCUCUAAGUCAUUUGGACACCAGAGGGGGAGUUGCUUGGGGGAGGUGAGUUUGCAGAUGUUUUCUCACCGUCCCCAUUGAUCUGUGUUCCACCAACCCUGAGUGAAAUGUAGCACAGGCCUCUCCAGGUCAGGAGAGAGCCAGGCAGAAGAGGGCCUCGGGAUCCAACGGGGGCAGAGGCAAGAGGUGGAAGGCUUUGUUUAAACCCAGAGCCUGCAGAAUUGGGAGUGGGGGGGUGAGGGGAGGAUUCCCCUUUCUUCCUCUAGUUGGUACCCUCUCCCUCUACCCCCACCUUGGUCCCAGCAAUGCCACCACCUGCCACCUGCCAGGACUAUCUCCAGUUACAGUCUUAAGACUGGAAAGAGGUCUGGGACCUGCCGCCAUGGGAGACAUGAAGACCCCUGAUUUUGACGACCUCCUUGCUGCUUUUGACAUCCCUGAUAUUGAUGCAAAUGAAGCCAUCCACUCUGGGCCAGAAGAAAAUGAGGGGCCAGGAGGUUCAGGGAAGCCAGAACCCAGUGUAGGGGGUGAAUCUGGAGAAAUAACGGCAGCAGCUGCAGGGGAUGGCCCUGGAGUUUCAGCCCAGGCCUCUGACCUUGGCCUGCCGUCGGGGGACAUCUCAGCAGUCAGCGUCAUUGUCAAGAACACUGUGUGUCCUGAGCAGUCUGAGUCCCUGGUUGGAAGUUCAGGAGGGGAAGGGGCCCGGACAGGGGGUGUGACUAAGGAAGGGCCUCUGGGGCCUCGUCUGAUGCAAAAUGGUUUUGGAGGCCCUGAGCCAUCCCUUCCAGGAACCCACUCUCCAGCUUCUCCCAGUGGGGGUACCUGGAAAGAAAAAGCCAUGGAAGGCAAAGCUCCUUUGGACUUGUUUGCUCAUUUUGGGCCUGAGCCAGGGGAGCACCCUGAUCCCCUGCCUUCCUCUGCACCCUCUCCACCUCAGGAAGGGGCCAUGUCCCCACAUCCUUUCUCCUCUCCCUUUGAGCUGGCACGAGAGAAUGGCCCAGCCCUGCUACCACCUGGUUCUCCCCCAUCGCUGGGCACCUUGAAGCAGGGCAGCUGCAGCCCCCUUCAUUCCCAGGGCAUAGCCCGGCUAGGCUCAGGCUCUAGCCCCGAGGCUGCAGGCAUCCCUGCCAGUGCCUCACCUCCUCAAGUUGCUGGGGUGCCCUUCUUCAAGCAGUCUCCAGGGCAUCAGAGCCCUCUUGCCUCCCCAAAAGUGCCCAGCUGUCAGCCCCUAAAGGAAGAAGAGGAUCAGGGGCCGGUGGACAAGACUCCCCCAGGAAGUCCCCAGAGUCCUUCUAGUGGAGCUGAGGCUGCCGACGAGGACAGCAAUGACUCUCCUGCCUCCUCCAGCUCUUCUAGGCCCCUCAAGGUGCGGAUCAAGACCAUUAAAACAUCCUGUGGGAAUAUCACAAGGACUGUAACCCGGGUCCCUUCAGACCCUGGUCCCCCUGCCCCCUUGGCUGAGGGGACCUUCCUGGCUGAGGCUAACCUCCUAAAGCUGUCCCCUGCAGCUCCAACUCCUGAGAGUCCAAAGGUGGUGAAUGUCCAGUUGGGUGAUGGCACAAGGCUAAAGGGCACUGUGCUGCCUGUGGCCACCAUCCAGAACGCAAGUACUGCCAUGCUGAUGGCGGCCAGUGUGGCCCGCAAAGCUGUGGUUCUGCCUGGGGGCACUGCCACCAGCCCUAAGACAAUGGCUAAGAAUGUGCUAGGUCUGGUGCCCCAAGCCCUGCCCAAGUCUGAGGGGCGGGUAGGGCUGGGGAUAGGGGGACAGAAGGUGAACGGUGCCUCGGUGGUGAUGGUGCAGCCUUCCAAGCCAACCACCGUGCCAGGUGCAGGGGGCGGCACAGUGAUCUCACGGACCCAGUCCAGCCUGGUGGAGGCCUUCAACAAGAUCCUCAACAGCAAGAACCUGCUGCCUGCCUACCGGCCAAACCUGAGUCCACCUGCUGAGGCUGGGCUGGCCCUGCCUCCAACAGGCUACCGCUGCCUCGAGUGUGGGGAUGCCUUCUCAUUGGAGAAGAGCCUGGCACGGCACUAUGACCGCCGGAGCAUGCGUAUUGAGGUCACCUGCAACCACUGUGCCCGCCGCCUGGUCUUCUUCAACAAGUGCAGUCUGCUACUGCAUGCCCGAGAGCACAAGGAUAAGGGGCUUGUCAUGCAGUGCUCACACCUGGUCAUGAGGCCUGUAGCCCUUGACCAGAUGGUGGGGCAGCCAGACAUCACGCCCCUGCUGGCUGUCCCACCUGCCCUCGGACCUCCAGCCUUGCCUGCCUUGGGCAAGGGUGAUGGGGCCAUCACCACCUCCGCCAUUUCUACAGUUGCUGCUGAGGCCCCUGUGCUGCCGCUCUCAGCUGAGCCACCUGCUGCCCCUGCCACCUCUGCUUACACAUGCUUUCGCUGCCUGGAGUGCAAGGAGCAGUGCCGGGACAAGGCUGGCAUGGCUGCCCACUUCCAGCAGCUCGGGCCCCCUGCUCCUGGGGCCACCAGCAAUGUAUGCCCCACCUGCCCCAUGAUGCUCCCUAAUCGCUGCAGCUUCAGUGCCCAUCAGCGCAUGCAUAAGAAUCGACCUCCCCACGUCUGCCCUGAGUGUGGGGGCAACUUCCUGCAAGCAAAUUUUCAGACCCAUCUCCGGGAAGCCUGUCUGCACUUCUCUCGCCGUGUAGGAUACAGGUACCUCACCACCCCUCCUUUCCGCAGUGUCUCCACACGCCCCUCUGCACUUGCUGGUCUCAUGGUUCCUAGCACCAGUCUUUCUAGAUGGCAUUUCGAGAGCCCCAUCUUUCCUGCUCAACUCUUCUGCCCUUGUGUACUGGCAAAAACAGAGAUCAGGGUCCCCUCUGGAGCUUCAACUCUCCACAACAGACCUCCCCUGGGAUGUGUCUCUGUCGCUCCCUCCUGUCUUCACCUUGCUCAGGCUCCACUAAUGAUUAACUUCUCAGAGUCCACCCAGUCCUUGAGGAUGAGCAUGGGGUGGGGGAGGGUGUGGAAAUGGCCUGCUUUACCACAAUGCCUCCCAUGUUCUCCCCAAAGGUGCCCCAGCUGUGCAGUGGUGUUUGGGGGUGUGAACUCUAUCAAGUCGCACAUCCAGACGUCACACUGCGAGGUUUUCCACAAGUGCCCCAUCUGCCCCAUGGCCUUCAAGUCUGCACCCAGCGCCCACGCCCAUCUCUACACCCAGCAUCCCAGCUUCCACACGCAGCAGGCCAAGAUGAUCUACAAGUGCGCCAUGUGUGACACGGUCUUCACUCACAAGCCCCUCCUCUCCUCACACUUCGACCAGCACUUGCUGCCCCAGCGCGUCAGUGUCUUUAAGUGCCCGUCUUGUCCUCUGCUUUUUGCCCAAAAAAGGACCAUGUUGGAUCAUCUCAAGAACACCCAUCAGUCUGGUCGCUUGGGAGAGGAGACGGCUGGGAAAGGGGCUGGGGAUGCCCUUCUGACCCCCAAAGCUGAGCCGGAGGAGCUGGCUGUGUCUCGGGGAGGAGCAGCUCCCCCUACGGAGGAAUCCUCUUCAUCCUCAGAAGAGGAGGACCUCCCCAGCUCCCCGGAGCCCCCUCGUCCAACCAAACGGACCCGGCGGGACCUAGGGAGCAAAGGAACCAAGGGUGGGGGAGGGGGCCCUGGAGGCUGGACCUGUGGCCUUUGUCACUCCUGGUUCCCGGAACGUGAUGAGUAUGUGGCACACAUGAAGAAGGAGCAUGGCAAGUCAGUGAAAAAGUUUCCCUGUCGCCUGUGUGAGCGAUCCUUCUGUUCCGCCCCCAGCCUGAGGCGCCACGUCAGGGUCAAUCAUGAGGGUAUCAAGAGAGUUUACCCAUGCAGGUAUUGCACAGAAGGAAAACGCACCUUCAGCAGCCGCCUGAUCCUAGAGAAACAUGUCCAGGUCCGGCACGGCUUGCCGCUCGGGGACCAGUCUCCUGGCCGGGGGAGUAUUGUGGUUCGGGGGCCCAGUGCCAGAGCCCAGGGGCCAGGACGGAAACGUCGCCAGUCCUCUGACUCUUGCAGUGAGGAGCCUGACAGCACAACACCUCCGGCCAAGUCCCCCAGGGGUGGACCUGGGUCGGGAGGCCCCCUGCGCUAUCGGAGCGGGGGCUCAGUGGAGCAGAGCCUCAUGGUGGGAUUGAGGGUGGAUGGCGGGACCCAGCAGUGCCUCGACUGUGGCUUAUGCUUUGCCUCCCCUGGCUCCCUGAGCCGGCAUCGCUUCAUCAGCCACAAGAAAAAACGGGGCGUGGGUAGUGCCAGUGCCCUGGGCAUGGGGGAUGGGGAGGAAGAAGCACCUCCUCCAUUGAGAUCUGACCCAGAGGGUGGAGAUUCACCCUUGUCUGCUUUUGGAGGCCCACUGACCUGUAAAGUCUGUGGCAAGAGCUGUGACAGCCCUCUCAACCUCAAGACCCAUUUCCGCACACACGGCAUGGCAUUCAUCAGGGCUCGGCAAGGGGGCAGUGGGGACAACUAAGCCCCAGACCUGGACUGACUGGCCCCCUCCCUCUUCCCCGGGAGUCUGGGUCACUGCUGCUGCCUGGUCCCCAGGCUGGGGAGUUUCACUAUGAUUCACAUUUUGUUCAACUCCUCUCCCCCAAUCCCCAGAGACAACAGACUUGAGCAUUAUAGUUAUUUGCAGUCCCCACUUUGGUUUUGGCCCUUGGGUCCUAGUAGAGUGGGCCCCCCAUUCCUCCUUUCUUAGCCCAACACUAAUUACGCUCCUGCUGCAGAUCCUGUGUGGGACUGGGGGUGGGAGGACGGGACUUUCUUAGGCCUGCUAGACAGGUCCAAGUAAAGAUCAGUGCUGGGGCAGUCAGUCACACUCCACAGCCCCUACAGGUAGACUUCAGGUCUGGCCCUGCCCUAGUACCCCCUCUUAGACUCCCUGGCACUCAAGCCCCCCACCCCUACAGUGCCUUUCACUUGUCUUUUUUUUUUCCCCCCAGAAAUUCCGGGGGGUGUGUAGGGACGAGUCCUGUCAAGGGAGGUCCAGGGAGAGGAGGGGACAGGCUCUCAGGAAUCCUUUAUUCUUGUAGUAAUAAUACUAACAGUGGGGGAAAUGGGAAGGAGAAAACCAGACCAUUAAAACUGCUCGUGGUUUAAUCCCCAUUCAGGCUCCUUUUAUGUGACUUGGACAACGUGGACUUGGGAGUGGGUGAGAGUCAAAUUGGGGAGGCCUUUCUCUGGGAAGAGGUAGCACUGAGCAAGGGAGCAAGGAAAAAGCAGUCUUCCUCCCCCUUGUUCUAUGUGGCCCGUUCUGUGUCUUGGACACUGAAGCAUCUGUUCAUUCCUCAUCACUCACCCCCACCCUCCAAAAAAUACAACUCAGAAAUGACACAGAUGGCUAACUAAGGACUUUAUUUCAA